GGGGCAGGGCCAGGGCAGAGGCUGGCAUGGCUGGCACCGUCCUGCCCGCGCCCACGGGCACCGACCUGGGCUGGGGCCUCGCGGGGGCCCGGUGGCGCCCCAGCCGGGACUGGCCCCUCACCAGCAGUGGGGUGGGGCUGGAGAACCGGCCCCCACCGCCCUUCCCACCCCCUGCCGCCCGCUGCACAGUCCAUGAGCCCCUGCCCCCCGGUGCGGAGCGGCCCCCGCGGGAAGAGCUGAUCCGGCGCCUGGCGACCACCACGGGCCUCUGCCACGACGUGAAAACCCACGGAGGGGUCCUGGGGCAGCCCGGCUACCUCCUGCCCGCCCCACUGUGGAGAGUCCACUGCAACAAGGACCUCCGGGACAAGCUGCAGCUCCGCGCCUGGCGGGUCCCGCUGACCCCGGGGGGCCGGCCCAGCGAGACCCGGCACCGGUUCUGCGGCUGGCCCAACCUGCCCCCCGAGCCCGCCCCCCACGCCGGCCCCCAGCCCUUCGCCCUGGCCGCCCACCACAGCGACGGCGCCUCCAAGUCCAUGGUGGCCAGCACCGAGAACAAGCCCCUGGCCGGAUCCGUCUUCUACGUCCGCGACGGGGCGGUUCUGAGCCGUCUGGACCCCUACGUCUCCGUCACCAGCCGGGACAUCCGCGCCGUCACCCCGCAGGAGCUGCAGGGCUACGCCCGGAAAGACGCCCUCACCUACUGGCAGUUUGAGGGUUACCCGAAGGCCUGGGGGCACGGCCUGAGGGACCCCUCCCUGGGCAAGGACGCGGCGCCCCCCAUCCGGCCCCCCGGCCCCCCACGCGACCCCGGCCUCUUCCCCAGCCCCACCCGCCCUCCCCGCCUGCCAACGCUAGCCCCUGCUGGCCCACACCGGGGGGCGCUGAGCCUGGCACAGGAGUCCUACGGGCCCCCCCGCUGUACCCCCAGCAGCCGGGGCCCCCCAGCCCGGCCCCCCACCAUCUGCCCCCCCGUAGCCGGGCCCCAGAUCCUGGCAGUGCCCCUGAUGUACCGCACAGAGUAUCACUGUUAUGGGAGCAGCAAGCCGGGGCCUGUCUGAGGGGUCCCCCCCAUACUGUGCACCCCAACAUGCUACGAUAUGUCACCCCUGUGUUCUCUGGUCUGUCCUCCUUGGGGGGCAGGGGGCUCGCCGAGGCCUGGUCCUUUCUCUGCCCUCCCCCAGUUACCAGGACACCUGGGUUCUAUUUUGGGGGGAGGAGGGGCUGCCAGGCAUGAGUGCCAGAAGAGGACCCAGGUGUCCUGCCAGCCCCCCUCCCCCGUGCCCUUGGGGGGGAUUUGUCCGGGGGCGCCGCUCUUGAGGCCAGCAGGAUGCGGGGAUUUCUCACCUGGCAACGCAUCUGGUGCCAGCCCCCGGCUUCCGGGGGGGGCCCGGGUUGCCCUUGGCAAAGGAGACGUGAGCCGAGAGGGUGAACGGCUCUGCCCCCUCCCCUCCCCGAGCCGGGGGGAGAACCCAGGAGUCCUGCGCCCCAGCCUCCUGCUCUAACCACUAAACCCCACUCCCCUCCCAGAACCGGGGAGAGA